UUGAAGAGAUUUUUGAAAAAACUAAAGCAUCACGAAAAUGAAAAAUCGGAGUCAAGUCCUAAAAAUAUGUUACCCCAACAUUCGUCUUCAGAUUUAUAUAAAAAAUAUGGUGGAUUAGGUAAAUUAAUUGGUAGUGGAGCUAGUGGAUCAGUCAAUUUGGUUACUUCGAAAACUGAUCCAAAUGAAAUUUUUGCAGUUAAAAAAUUUAGGCCAAAAUUACCAAAUGAAAGUGAGCAUGAUUAUAAAGUUAAAGUUAAAAAUGAAUUUAAAAUCGGACAAUAUUUGAAUCAUGAAAAUUUAAUUCAUACUAUAGAGUUAAUUAAAGAAAAUGGUUCGAAACUUUUGUCUGAUUCAGAAUAUUAUAUAAUUAUGGAAUAUUGUCCAUUUGAUUUUUUCAAUUUAGUAAUGUCGGGUUUAAUGAGUCAAGAAGAGGUUUGUUGUUAUUUUAAACAAAUUACCAAUGGGGUAGCCCAUUUACAUGAAAAUGGAAUUGCUCAUCGAGAUUUAAAAUUAGAUAAUUGUGUUGUUAAUCAAGAAGGAAUAUUGAAAUUAAUUGAUUUUGGUUCAGCAGUUCAAUUUAGAAAAGAAAAAACUCCAAAUAAACCAGUGGCUGAAGAAGAUGAUAUAAAUGAAAAUUAUAGACUACUUCGGGCAAGAGGGGUUGUUGGAUCGGAUCCCUAUUUAUCUCCGGAAGUUUUUGAACCAAGUAACUUUGGUUAUGAUCCAAGAACCGCUGAUAUUUGGUCAAUUGCAGUUAUAUUUUGUUGUAUGAUUUUGAAAAGAUUUCCUUGGAAAAUCCCAAAAGCAAGUGAUCCGUCUUAUAGAUCUUUUGCUAAUAUUGAUGAAAACAAUAAUAAAUUAAGUGAACAAAUGAAUGAAAAUUUUGAUAAUUUAAAAAUCUCAAAUAAUAAACAUCCUAAAGGUCCUGAUCGCUUAUUACGUCUUUUACCAACUGAAUCAAGAAAUUUAAUUAAAAAUAUGUUGGAAAUUGAUCCUAAAAAGCGUAAUUUAAUUGAUGACGUUUUAAAUAAUUUGUUUUUCCAAUCUAUUGAAUAUUGUCAUGUCAUUACCAAAACACAAGAUGAAAAAGAAGUUAAAACAACUCAAAAAUCAUCUGGUCACUCCCACCAUUUAGUUACCGAAGAAGAUUUGAAAAAAAUUACCAUGGAAAAGGAACGAGCUAAAAAAUUAAAGGAUAGCGGUGUU